AGUGCUAAUUCUGUCAUUUAUUUCUGUUUCUGAUAUUUUUCUUGUCGUCGUUCUUGUUUUUGUGCGCUUAGUGGAAUAUGCGAAAUUAUGAACUGCGAAGGGCAUGUGCAAUAUAAUUAAUGAUAAUUUGUGAUUUUUUCUUUUUCCCGAAUUUGUACGAGUUUAUUUUUUAAUUAUCAAUCACCCAACAUUAGAUAAUAUGGCAGAUCCCGAAUUAGACGAAAUAAGAAAGCAAAGACUUGCUCAGCUACAAUCGCAAUAUCAGGGAGGUGAAUCGAAUCAGGCCUCGCAGAAACAUAAGGAAGAGCAAGCUAGAGCACAGGAGGACGCAAAAAAUUCUAUACUGUCUCAGAUAUUGGACCAGUCGGCCCGAGCAAGAUUGAACACCUUAAUGUUGGGAAAGCCGGAGAAGGGACAGAUGGUUGAAAACAUGUUACUGAGAAUGGCGCAAACCGGGCAAAUCUGCACAAAGAUAGGAGAGAAAGAGCUGAUAGGACUGUUGGAAAACGUUAGCAGUCAAACGAAAAGCAAGACUUCGGUGAAGUUUGAUCGUAGGAGAGCCGCCUUAGAUUCUGAUGAUGAAGACUUUUAGUUUUUAGGAUGUUUCGUUGGGGUAAUUUUAGUUUGGAACCGCUUAAAACAAUACUCUUAAGGUAACGUUUAUUUACAACAAUAAUUCAUAAAUACAAAGUAUGCGAUGAUACUAAUUUUAAAACUUACGUAGUAUGUACAAUAAAUGCGUUUUAAUAAAUUAUUUACCUGCUUGUAUAAAAUAA